AUGACUGGUGCUGGCAUAACUUCCUUCUCCCCAGCUGGUUCCGCAAACUCGUCUCCGUCGCAUCUCCCAACGCAUGUAACCAACCACCCAGACUCAGACGACGAAUACUCCCACCUAGGUCACUCUCUCACCUCACACGACAGCAAAAGCGGCUUGACCCUUGCCGGUCUUAAGUCCCAAAUUUUCAAUGUUGACCGUCCAAAUAAUACUAAUACCGGUCACCCCUCUGACGACCAGCGCGAUGAUGAAUCCCCAGAGCGAGGUUCGGACGAGGAAGAAGCGAAACAUCAACAGCAAAACGCAUUCUAUGACUAUCAAGAAGAUAAGGCCUUGAAGCAAACGGAUGCGAAGCUUUUCUAUAGCCAAUUAUCUCGUGUUAAUACCAUGACUGGUCAAUUGGUCGAUGCUGGCGUGUCGCAACAAGGGUCUGUGGCAGCUUCGCCAGCGAUAGCACCUAAAUCCGCACAACCUUUCAGUGGAUUCUCCCCGUUGGACUAUUCGGCGCGUUUGCAAGCUAGUAGGGGUGGAAGUAAAGCGGGGAGCGUGAAGAGCUACGGUGCGCAGGCACAGAAAGCCAUGCCUUUAGGGUAUGGGUCGUUUGAAAAACCACUAGGAGAAGCAGAAGUUCAGGCGCCGAACAUGACAGGUUUCAAUGCGAUAAAUGACGGCCCUGCAGCAGCUAAUCAAGCUAUCGGUGGAGGUUAUGCAGCCCAGGAUGCUGGUAUCACGGCCGAGCUUCAGACUAUCUAUACGAAUGUGCAGAAGAUUCUCGAUCUCCGACACAAGUAUAUUCGACUGUCCCUUCAGGGUCCGACUGACAACCCGAAGGAUGACGCUGCUUGGAAGAUUUAUCCACCGCCCCCGCCCCCUGUUUGGGUUCCAGAGGGCUCGCAGGUGCUGCCUCCACGGGAUGAUCCAAUGUAUGGCACGGCGAAUAUUGAUGGCUCUGCCGAAUUGAAUCGCUCGGGUGGUAAAACCAGAAAACCGGGUCAAGAUAUUGGUAGCGACUUCGUGUUCGAGGAAUGCGAGAUUCCAGGGGAGGACGAAAUGGAGUUCCGGCUAGACGAUACCGGUGUCUACCAGGUUUACGAAAACCGCAAGGCGAUUGAUGCCGAGCUCCCUAUCGUCGCCAUCCCGACGAUUCGAGAGUACUACAUGGAUCUUGAAGAAGUUCUCAACAUCAGUUCCGACGGUCCCAGCAAGUCUUUCGCUUUCAGGCGACUUAGUUAUCUAGAAGGGAAAUGGAACUUGUACUUCCUGCUCAACGAGUACCAAGAGAUGGCAGACUCGAAGCGGGUGCCCCACAGAGACUUCUACAAUGUCAGAAAAGUCGAUACUCACGUUCACCAUUCCGCUUGUAUGAACCAAAAGCAUUUGCUCCGAUUCAUCAAGAGCAAGAUGAAGAAGUGUCCUGAUGAGGUCGUCAUAUUCCGUGAUGGGAAGCACUUGACGCUCCGGGAGGUGUUUGAAAGUAUCAAUCUCACAGCGUACGAUCUUAGUAUCGAUACAUUGGAUAUGCAUGCCCAUACCGACAGUUUCCACCGAUUCGACAAGUUCAAUUUGAAGUAUAAUCCUAUCGGGGAGUCCCGUCUACGUACCAUCUUCUUGAAGACGGAUAAUUACUCCAAGGGUAAAUUUUUGGCCGAAAUUACUCGCGAGGUGAUUUCCGAUCUUGAAGCUUCCAAAUACCAGAUGACAGAGUACAGAAUCUCAAUAUAUGGUCGCUCAGAGGACGAAUGGGAUAAGCUCGCUGCUUGGGUUGUUGAUAACAAGCUGUUCUCACACAACGUCCGCUGGUUAAUCCAAAUCCCUCGAUUAUAUAACAUCUACAAGGCCGAAAACCUUGUCCAAACUUUUGAAGAAGUAGUGAGGAAUCUCUUCAAGCCGCUCUUCGAGGUCACAAAGAAUCCUGCAUCUCAUCCCAAACUUCACGUUUUCCUUCAGAGAGUUGUUGGUAUCGACAGUGUCGACGAUGAGAGUAAACCUGAGCGUAGACUGUACCGCAAGUUCCCAUUCCCGAAGGUUUGGAACACCGGCCAAAAUCCUCCAUACAGCUAUUGGAUCUAUUACCUCUUCGCCAACCUUGCAUCCUUGAAUAUGUGGAGAAAACAGAGAGGAUUCAAUACUUUUGUUCUUCGACCACACUGCGGAGAAGCUGGUGAUACUGACCAUCUGGCCGCAGCUGUUCUAGUUUGCCAUUCCAUUUCCCAUGGCAUCCUGCUCCGCAAGGUCCCACUGCUGCAGUACAUCUUCUAUCUUGAACAAAUUGGUAUUGCAAUGAGUCCACUCUCCAAUAAUGCCUUGUUCCUCGCCUACGACAAGAAUCCAUUCUUACAGUACUUCAAACGUGGUCUUAACGUCUCAUUGAGUACUGACGACCCCUUGCAGUUCGCAUUCACCAAAGAACCAUUGAUCGAAGAAUACUCUGUCGCUGCACAGAUCUACAAAUUAUCUGCAGUUGACAUGUGCGAACUUGCUAGGAACAGUGUCUUACAGAGUGGAUUCGAAGCAGGUUUGAAGCAAAGAUGGCUGGGUAAUGGGUGGUACAAGCGUGGAGUCUCUGGAAAUGAUAUGGAGAAGACGAACGUUCCAAAUAUUCGUAUCCAGUUCAGAGAUGAGACUUUGAUGCAGGAGUUGGAGAUGAUCGAUAAAUAUACCUCCUCUCCAAAUGCACAAAAACCAACCGCGCAGAAGCUCAGUGCGCCACAACAUCAGCAAGUUGGUGAAGCACCAACGUCGCAAGCGAAUAGAUUGGACUACCUAAAGAGUCAAGAAAGUCAAGCUGGUGGGCUGCAGGUUUCCAGACCGCAAAGUCCUACAACUUCGAUGUAUACCAAUCCGACCGCCUCUAUCGCCAUGACCCCUAGCAUUCAUAGUUACCAAGUUCCACCGACGACUCCAAAGAUGAUGUUAGCGUCCGGCAAUAAUGAAGAAAUACUUACACCAACGGAUCGGAUUAAUAGCUUUAGUCUUAACCGCACACGGAGUAAGAAUGAAGGUAAAAGCCCGAAUAGUGGCGAGUCUAGAUUGAUGAGGGACUCAAGUUUAGACAAUCUCGUUAAGGCGACGGGUGAGAUGGGAAUUAGUGCGGGAGAGCCGAGAGUUUGGCCGGGGAUGAUUAGUCGGCAAAGGGCUACUACUGUUCCUCUUGUUGAAGGGGAAGAGAGCAGCAAGGAUGGAGCAGCGGAGGAGGAAGGGGUUAAGGGAACGGGUCUGCUGGAAAGGAUGAAGAGCACCUAA